CCUCAGGGAUUUGAGUUUUCAGCAAUGCCCUUCAAAACCCUAGAAAAAAGCGAAACUUGCUGAAACCGUGUCUACAGUACGUUUCUAUCUCCAUGGCCUCUGCUUCUACAUCGAAUCAAUCAAUCGACAGCAACAAUGCUUCGUUAUCUCAUUUUCAAAAAACAGUUUGCUUGCAAGAUUGGUGGUUCAUUAAGGUCGAAACGGACGUCGGAGAGAAGAGACUCGCUAUUGCUGGGUUUACUUCUGGAGAGCAACAAGCUCGGCGAGUUUUCUCUUCUGCACCAAUCCAUAGGAGAUUCGAUGUCUUCACUCUUGAGACAGUUGAUGGGAUAUUCAUAAUUACUAAGGGCUUCAUAAACAAGGUCCGCACAGAAGAAAAUGGGUUUCCUGCCGAGGUCUUCAAUCAUUUUGUUUUUGGAUUUCCUCCAUACUGGGAGGAAUAUGCUGAAAAGUGUUUUGGAGGAGGAUUUACCAACGAGGCUGUUUCAAGAAGUAACUUGAGUCAUGACAAGUUAUCCACACAUUCAGGAGCUGUUGCUGGCACAAAAGACUAUAGUGAAGCAACUCCAAAGAAAAAUGAGAAGCUUAUUGGUGAAGAAAGCCAUGGCAGUGAUAAAAUGGGUGUGGGAUUAGAAGACUCUGGAAUAAUCUUGUCAGCAAUGGAGCAACACAGCCUCAGGGAUGGUUCUUGGAAUAUAGUUUCAUUUGAAAUUACGAAAGCAUGUCCUUCUCAAGUUGUGCCUAAGAUAAUCAUUGGUGAUGCCUUGAAAAGUUCUGACCUGCAUAAUAAUGUGACUGACUUCUUAAGUUGUGUUGAAGAUGAAACAAUUUUUGAUAUUGGUUCAAGUUCUUCUAUUGGUGUCAAAGGUACCAUAGGAAGCUGUUCUUUAACAUCAAAAGAUGAGGGCCAAGAUGAUCGAUUAAAGAGUGCUGUAGCAAAUGUUGGGAUUGAAUCAGGAGGCAAAAGUAUCUUGAAUGUCUUUAAUGCUGGAUUUCAAGAGCCUACAGACGAUAUAACUGUAAGUAAUUUAGAUGCUGGGUGUAUCAAAGAUGGUUCUGUUAUGAUUUGUGGCUUUCUCAUAUUGAUAUUGAUCCAAAAUGGGAACAAAAUCAUGGAAACAUUAUGUUUCAGGAUGGUAUGGAGGGCGAAAACACAAAAGAGUCUGUCAAGUCCUCCAUUAGGAUUGAUGGCGCAAUCCGUAAAGAUGUUGACAAGAAAGAGAGCAAUGCUAAAGAAGCAAAUGCAUCUAGGAAGAAGACUCAAAGGAAAUUUACAUAUGUUAUGGUUGGUUGAUGCAAGGGAUUUCCUAUCGUCGGCUUCGCUAUUUAGGAAAGGCGAGUUGUUUUCAUGGUCCCGCGUACCGGAAUUCCUUUCUUGUUUCAGGUUGUUGCGCGUUGGACGUGUUCUUAAAGCAGGUUGGCUGCUCAUUUCUCUUGCUCUGUUCAGAGCUGCUUCUCCUCCGGCCGCAAUUGACUAUGGGUCGUGGUUUCUUGUUGCCGGUCAUUUCUAUGAGGAUGGUUAUCCUUCGGCGCUUCGAGUUUCUUAUGUUUUUUAUUCUUGGUGGUGCUUUGUUUCUGACGAUGCUUUCCUUACUGGUGCUUUACCGGCGUUUGGUCAAUUCCCUUGGUUUGGUGAUUGUGUAAGCGUUAGGGCUCCUCAGUUUUCUCGGCGUUUCCUGUGGUGUCUUUUCUCAAUCCUUCUUAUGCGUGUUGGUGCUGGACAUCACAUGAACAUUGUCAAGCCUUUUUGUUUUGUGCGGUCAGGAUUGUGCAGGGUCUUUCCGUAUCUGUUUGUAUUACUUGUUUUGUAUUGUCGAGGCGUUCUCCAGUUGUGCACUGCACUGUUAUGUGUCAGAAAGGGAUGCAACAAGUUAAUAGCUGGUUUGAGGUCUGUGGCGUUGCCGUCACGCAGCUAUGCUACCAUAAGCUUCUGGAGUUCGCUUUUUUCUUUGCGUGGCUGUUGUUGCAAUAUGAGUAUCAUUAUAAUGGGACCCAUGGUCUUUUCUAUUUUCAACAUGAUAUGGGCCACUUUGAGCAGUGCUACAAAUCCGUCUCUUAUAUCGGCGGUUUCCCCUGCCACCUCGAUUGAGUUGCCGUUGAGCAAAAAGGACGGGACGGCAAUGAAGGCUCGACGACGUGAAGGUUGGGAGUGGCAAAGAGAGUGGAUCUCGAUUCCCUUUCGCAGACCCAUUGAUCCUGGGUUCACAAUCUUGGCAUUGAGAUCCACCCACCGCCACCUCCACCUCCAAUCCACAACCCACAAGCCAUCGAUACCGCCGAUGGUACCCUGA